AUGGCACGCGAUGUAGGGCUUGACGACUUUGAUUCUUGGGAAGAUCCAUGGGCUCGAGCACCAGAAACAACCCGUGCAGGGGAGUCAUUUGAACUGCACGAGAAUCAUGAGCUGCUUGAGACGGUCCCAACGCGUUCAAAAGCGAAGACGGUGUACCACGACGGAAACACUAUAGACUGGCUGCACGAAGAAGCUGCUGAUCGUUCUCGACAACAUCGAUUACGCUCGUUUCGUGGACUUCGUGGUGCCCUCCUCCCAUUACUCGAAUCAUCACGAAUUUGGUUCAUAGUCGUUAGUACUGGCGUUGGCAUUGGUGUAAUCGGGGCGUGGCUAGAUAUUCUCGUUCAUUGGUUCAGCGACUUAAGAGAAGGUCGUUGUGCUUAUGGGUUCUUCUACAACCAAGUAGCAUGCUGUAGUGGUCUUGACCCUGGAGAGGUGUGCGAGGAUUGGCUGACUUGGAGCCAGUGGUUUGGCGUACAUUCCAUCUUUGUGCAGUCUCUUCUACAGGCGGUCAUUUAUAUUUCACUUGCGAUCGCUUUUUCGAGUAGCGCAGCGUUCCUUGUACUCAUUUAUGCUCCAUACGCAUUCCACACCGGAAUUCCUGAAAUCAAAGCUAUCCUUGGCGGAUACGUCUUCGACGAGUUUCUGGGACCGUGGACACUGUUGAUCAAAUCCCUUGGCCUUGUAUUGUCCGUAGCCUCAGGUCUGUCUGUCGGAAAGGAGGGGCCGCUCGUCCAUGUAUCAUGUUGUAUGGCCUUCCUCAUUUCAAAGGCCUUCAACAAGCACCUGCGCAACGAGGCACAAAAGAGACGUAUCCUCGCAGCUGCGGCAGCAGCCGGGAUCAGUGUAGCAUUCGGUAGUCCGUUAGGCGGUGUUCUCUUUGGACUGGAAGAGCUUGACGUCUUUGCAAGCGAUUCGGACGUCAUAUGGAGAGGCUUUGUGACCUCCGCUGUUGCGGCAGUUUCUCUUCAAUAUGUGGAUCCUUUCGGGACCGCGAAACUUGUGCUAUUCGAAGUCUCGAGUGGAAGCGACACUUGGAGAGGAUUUGAACUUUUUCCUUGGCUUUUUCUGAGUGUCAUUGGAGGCGUACUCGGUGCUAUGCUCAUUCGACUGAAUGUUGCUGCCGCCGUGUAUCGUCAGAACAGCUACCUUCGCGAUAAUCCAAUCUUGGAAGUCGUUGGCGCGACUGCAUUUACGGCCGCAAUCAGCUACUUGAUUGUAUUCUUAAGGGUGCAAAGUUCGGACUUGGUGUCAAACCUCUUCCAGGAGUGUGAUAUCUCCAAGGGAGAUUAUCAUGGACUGUGCAACCCGAAUGCCAUAGUCGAGAAUAUCUUCCUUCUUGUGCUCACUGCAGCCAUAAAAAUUGGUCUCACAGCUUGGUCGUUCGGAAUGAUGGUUCCGGCAGGAAUAUUCUUACCAACAAUUACAAUCGGCGCCUGCCUCGGCAGAGCUGUAGGAUUGGUUGUUCAAUGGUUACACCGUGCUCAUCCGACAUUGUGGGUCUUUACAACGUGCCCUCCGGAGCCUACCGUACAAUGCAUUUCUCCCGGGUUUUAUGCCGUAAUUGGUGCUUCUGCAAUGCUAGGAGGAGUGACAAGGAUGACUAUAUCUCUUGUUGUUAUUCUCUUCGAGCUUACCGGCGCCCUGUCCCAUGUCCUGCCAAUUAUGAUUUCUGUUAUGGUUGCAAAGUGGGUUGGAGAUGCGUUCGGAAAGGAAGGUAUCUAUACAAGGUGGAUUGCGCUACGGCAAUAUCCUUGGUUGUCAUCCGUCGAGUAUCGUGAUAAGGGCGAGAGCGCGGGCAAUGUCAUGAUACCAAUUGAGAGACUCGCUACGAUCGAUGCCUUUGGCUGUACAGUACAAGACUUAGAUCGUUUGGUGAAGGAUCAUGAUUACCACGGUUAUCCUGUCGUAUCUUCAGAUAAAGAAUUAUAUGGAUACGUGAUGAGGACAAAAUUAAAGGCAGCGAUCGGUACGUGCCUCCCAUUCGUUUGUAUAAUACAGCCUCUCUCUAAUACUUCAGAAGAUCCGUUCCUCUCAUCCGAUUCCAUGAAUCAAGUUGUCGUAUUUGUCAAGGCUGCUGUAGACUCGACGAAUAUCGACUUAUGCGCUUUAGUCGAUGAGGCGGCGAUUCAACUGCGAAAAGAGAUACCACAGGAGCUCGUCGUCAAGAUGUUCCAAAAGAUGAAUAUGCGAUAUGUUUUCUUUACUCGCUUUGGUAAGCUCGAAGGGUUGGUGACGAAAGCGGACAUUGUUUCAUUAAUGAGUUCACACAUUCCGUUUGUUGGAGCGCUGGCUCGGGAAGAACGUCACGAGGAGGGGAGCUCACCUGAGGUAUUAUGGGAAGCGAGAUAG